CUUCCGACUGCUCCUUCCUUUUUCCUGACUCCCUUUCCCUCUGCGCACGUGGGGUCGGCGGUGGCGUUCGGUCUCCGCAGCCAUGGCGGCCAAUACCGGGAACCUGCCGAUGCGGCUGCUGCGCAAGAAGCUCCACAAUCGCAACCUCAAGAUUCGCCAGCGCAACUUGGCCCGGCAAGCGGCGGGGGCGGCGGAUGGCGCGAUGGGCCCCGGGCCCUCCGGUAAGACGGCGGCCGGUGGGGAGACAGGGACACGGGCGCCACGGAGGGAAGGAGGGGAGACCAGGGACGGGCUUUUUCUGUUUCAUUUGUGCGUUGGUUUAUUGGAUUUCUACGCUGCCCUUCAUCCGGGGGUCACAGGGCGGGUGGCUGUAUAAAGACGCAAAAAAAUACAUAACAGAGUAACGAGCAAAAACAGCACCCCCCCCCCAACAGUUUAAAAGGGUAAUACAGUGGUACCUCGGGUUAAGUACUUAAUUCGUUCCGGAGGUCCGUUCUUAACCUGAAACUGUUCUUAACCUGAAGCACCACUUUAGCUAAUGGGGCCUCCUGCUGCUGCCGCGCCGCCGGAGUGUAACCCGAGGUACCACUGUAGAUUAUUGAGUUAGCCAAAGGCCUGGGAGAAGAGGAAUGCAUUUGCCUGGCGCCAAAAGGUGAUACGUGGCUCCCUCCCACACACAUUUAUUGCACCCCGAUCAGGGGACAACAGUGUAUUUCUUUGUAUUUAAGAACGUGAGAAUAGCCCGCUGGAUCAAGCCAAUGGCCCAGGUAAGUUCAGCAUCCUGUUCUCAAGGUAGCCAAGGGGCUGUAAGCAAGAUUCGAACACUUCUGUGUUUGGGGGCAACUGGUAUUCAGAAGUUUGACUGCCUCUGACCGUUGAUGCAGAGCAUAGCCAUCAUGGCCAACAGAGGGAGAAGCAGAUUCCUCCAGGAAUUUGUCUAAUCUUUUAAAGUCAUAUGGGUUGGUGGCCACCUGUGGGAGUGACUUCCAUAGUUUUAACUAUGCACCGCAUAAGGACGUGCUUUCUUUUGUCUACCCUAAAUCUUCCAACAUUCAGUUUCAGGUCAUAAGAACAUAGGAAGACUGCCUUAUAUCGAGCCAGACCAUUGGUCUAGCUUGCUCAGCAUUGUCUACACUGAUUGACAGAGGCUUUCUGGGGUUUCAGGCUAGAAUCUCUACCAACCCUACCUGGAGAUGGUACUGGGGUUUGAACGCAGGGGCUUCUGCUUUCAAGGCAGCUAGUUACUCUACCACUGAGCUGUAACCCUUCCCCAAGUUCUAAGAGUUCUAGAGUUGUGAGAGAGGGAGAGAAACACUAUGCACUUCCUCCAUGCCAUGUGUCAUGUCACUCACCUUUUCUCUAAACCAGGCAUGUCCAACUCCCGAGAGACUGAUCUUCUCCCAGUAUAAAAAAAACUGGCAGUGAUCUACCCAUUGGCAUUGGAGGGAGGAGGAGUGUGCGUGGGGUGGGUGGAUUGUUGAACUUUUUUUAGGAGGGAAGUGCCCAGAGUUGUUGAGCUUUUUGGGGGGAGGAUUGCACAGAGAUUUGUAGCUUUCCCCUCCGUAACUUUUUGUACAUGAUAAGGAUCCCAUGAUCUACUAGGAUCAGCCAGGGAUCUACCGGUAGAUCGUGAUUUGCUGGUUGGACACUCCUGCUCUAAACUAAAAAGGCACAAGUGCUGCAACCCUUGCAGAGGAGUCAUUCCAUCCCCUUGGUCGUAUUUGGUUGGCAUUCUCUGAAUCUUUUCCAGCUCUACAAUAUCCUUUCUAAAACAUGUGCACACUUACUUUUUGUGAGCAAGAAGAGGUUGUCCAUUGGGUCCAAUAGAGAGAGUGUAUGCACCAGUAGUAAUUAACUGGAGGAGCUAUGAAUGUGAUCUGGCCCUUAAAAUUCAUGUGUGAAGUUGUUGUUGUUGUUGUUUCUUAAAUGGUAUCAGACAUUGCUUUGAUUUAUUAUUGUUUGUCUCAUUAGGAGCAACAAUUGAGGGCAUCGCAGAAGACUUUUCCAGCAUCUCAGAAGCAGCAGCUGAAGAACAAAAAACAGAGGGUGUGGAACAGACUAAAGUAACACCAAACAAUGGUGAGGCUGGAAACACACAGCCUGAGUUGAAAAAGAAGAAGAAAAAGAAGAAAAGAAAAAUUGUGGCUGAUACAGAAAAUGGUAUUAUAUCUCUUACUUUUAUCCAGUUGUAAAAAUAAUCAUAAUCAUAAUUAUUUUUAUUUAUACCCCGCCCUCCCCAGCCAAGGCCGGGCUCAGAGCGGCUUACAAGCAAUAAUAAAAACAAGUUAAAUGAUUACAACUUAAAAACAAAAUUAAAACAUACAACAUUAAAAUAUUAAAAUGUAGCCUCAUCGCAGAGGGAGAAGGAAAAGAAAAAAGAAAGAGAGGGAGGGAAUCAAAUUGGCUCCAAGCCAAAGGCCAGGCGGAACAACUCUGUCUUACAGGCCCUGCGGAAAGAAAUCAGAUCCUGCAGGGCCCUGGUCUCGUGAGGCAGAGCGUUCCACCAGACUGGAGCCAGAGUUGAAAAGGCCCUGGCUCUGGUUGAAGCCAAUCUAACUUCCUUAGGACCCGGGACCAUUUUAAUGCCUUUUAUGGGUGCUCAGGUGCCCAACAGUUGCCUAUUAGGUGCUUGGGAACCACAGUGCAAAGGGGAUUGCCAGUCCUAUGUUUGUAAGUUGCCUUGUGCUGUUUCAAAGUUUACCUUGUCUGGUUUCAAAGUUUAAAGAAGUAGCACAAGUGCCUUGCAAGUGUGAAGCUUCUUCAAGGAGCAGCACAGGGAGGGAGACGCAGCUUCUAUUGAAUGGGAAACCUGAAAAAUGGAGUCCAUAUUGGAAGAGCAGUAGAUAAACUGGCUGUUCAUCUGAUUGAGCAACACAAUUCUGCCUUCUCUGUUUUCUUCUUUGUUCUCUUCUGCUUUCUAGGUGACUACUCCACAUAGUGCAGAACCAGCUUUUCCCUCCUUUUGCAGCUUAGAUGCAGAAACUUUGGUGGUGGUUUAUAUGUGGCAUAAGUACAUUUUUGUCCAUAGUUUAAAUGCUAAAACCAGAGAUCAACAAUGUGGAAUUCUUCCUAUGGCCCUUUCAAUGAAUAUACCAACUACACUGACUGCCAUAUAGAUUCUUGCUGCAGACUGCUAGUUCAUAUGUACAUGUCCGGUGUUGGCAUUGAUUAAUUUCCAUGCAUUGUGUAUACACAGAAAUUAAGAAAGCAAAAAUGGAGGAAGAAUGCACUGAGGAAGAAGACACCUUAAAUGGGGAGCCCAAAGAAGAAAGUAGUGAAAAUCUGGAUGAGAAAGAAGAGUCUGAAGAUGCCGAUGGACUUGCUUUGCCUCUUGGACUAACAGGCAAGCUCCUCACACCCCCCACUUCUUUGUUCUGUUUCUUGUUUAGUGAGAUUUUGUAUAUCAAAAUGUUCAGAUGGUACUGGGUUUUCUCUUUUUUAAAGCGAACGUUAAGUCAAUUGGUAGUUUCACUUAUUGUCUGUGGACUGACCCUUGGGAGUACAUUUCAUUGAACUCAGUGAGAUUUAUUGGACUGGGCUCCAGGGCUCUGGAUUUUGAUUUCUGUUGAUCUUGGAGAUCAAGUUAUCCUUGCUUUGGCAUCCAUCUGCAGCACGAACCUCUGGUCAGCAGUGGCAAGGCUUGAUGGACCAGUGCAUCCCACGCUAUGUCUGCGGCUCCAGCAUUCACAUUGGUUAGAGUGGAAGGUGGGGUGGGCAGGAGGGAUGUCCCUUUACGGUGCCAGUUCCCAGCCUGUGUAUGAUUGUAUGUAGCAUUGUAGCCUUAAAUUGUCCAGACAUGUGGAACUUUCCCAUAUUAAUCUGCACAACUCAAGCCAAGAGAUAUUGGCAAGCAAAUGCUACACAUGCCGUAGGCCAUGAGUAGGCAAACUCAGGCCCAGGGGCCAGAUCCGGCCCAAUCACCUACUAAAUCCGGCCCGCAGACGGUCCGGGAAUCAGCGUGUUUUUACAUGAGUAGAAUGUGUGCUUUUACUUCAAAUGCAUCUCUGGGUUAUUUGUGGGGCAUAGGAAUUCGUUCAUUCCCCCCCCCCAAUAUAGUCUGGUCCCCCACAAGGUCUGAGGGACAGUGGACUGCCCCCCUACUAAAAAAGUUUGCUGACCCCUGCAGUAGGCUGUGUAUGGGAUUUGCAGAUGUGUAGCUCCUUCAGGCAUUGCUGCAAUGUGGCUUUCAUAUGUGGAAAAAUUAAACCAUCUCAGCAAUACACUAAGCUUAUUUGGUGGUCAGAUGAUUCCAGAGAAAGUUGUGUGUACUGAGGCUGGGAAUGCUUAGGAGCUGGAUAAGUUAGCUGUCGUCAGAAUUUUCCGUGGUGUGCAGAAACGAAAUUUGAUACUGAAAGACCAGCUUUGUUCUACUUUAAUAAGGGUUUGUUGCUAUUUAUUUUGGCAUGUUGUCAAUGGAAACUGACCAAGAUCAUUUCUGCCUUCAGGUGCUUUUGAGGAUACGUCAUUUGCUUCCCUUAAUGGCCUUGUCAGUGAGAACACGUUGAAAGGAAUAGCUGACAUGGGCUUUACGCACAUGACAGAAAUUCAACAUAAAAGUAUUAAACCACUUGUGGAAGGCAGGUAAGAAAUGGCUUGUGGAAGGCAGGUGUGUUUUGUAUGGACUUUUUUUUUUUUUUGUAAUCGUAUCAAUGGCAACUAGGCACGAUAGCUGUGUUCUGCCUCCACAACUGGAUGCAGCAAUGCUUCUGAGCACCAGUUGCUGGAGAUCACAGGAGGGGAGAGUGAUCAUGUGCUCGGAUUCUGCCCUGAGGCAUCUGGUUGGCCACUGAGAACAGAAUGCUGGACUAGAAGGCCCAUUGGCCUGAUCCGACAGGGCUCUUUGUAUGUUCCUAUGAAUGCAAAGUAACUAAGUAGCUCUCAGAUAGGCACAGAAUGAUCUCUCCUCCCCACCACAUGUGCUGUUACUGGGGUUGCUAUCUUGUGCAUACUAGCCGGAUAAGAGCCCAGUGAAUACAGGGGUAAUAUUUAGCAUGACUCCCAAACACACCAUAUGGAACAGGGAAACGCACAUCUGUAAGGGAAAGGAGAGGAAGAGCAGGGCCUGUUUGCACAAGCAACAGUCUCAUAUGCAAAUGGGGCAUCACAAUUGGAUAUCACCCCAUGGGACUUAAUUUGAAUAAUUGCUUAUAGGACCAGGCUGCGUUUCUUUCUAUCUCAUUGCUGGAUUGUGAGCAUUGUAUUAAAGCAUGCCACAUUAAAAUCAGUUAAGGUUGUGGUGGAAAAUUAAAAUAGUGACAGUUUCAAGUAGUCCCACUUAUGUAUUUUGGCAAACAAUUUUCUGUGUCAUGUGUAAUCAUGUAGUUUAGGCUGCAAUCCUAUAACUAGAAAUAAGCUCAGUGGGACUUACUUUUGCCUAGGCAUGCAUAAACACAAACUCCGGUUUUAUUUUUAAUGUUUAGCUUUAAAGCUGUUCUUAUUUGAUUUUAAAUUGUUUCAGCUUUCCUACUCCUAAAUUCAGUUCUUCAUACUUACUCUAUCUGCAGAGAUAUUCUAGCAGCUGCAAAAACCGGCAGUGGCAAAACUCUGGCAUUUCUUAUUCCAGCCAUAGAACUCAUCUACAAGUUAAAAUUCAUGCCCAGGAAUGGUAAGAUUUUCUGCAUUGCCUUCUCACUUGAAAGUCUGAAGAUAAAUUUGGGAAUAAUUGUUUGCCAUUAUGAUCUCCUUUCUGCAUCUUUCCCUCUGCCCCCUUCCAGGAACGGGCGUCCUCAUCCUUUCGCCUACUCGGGAACUUGCCAUGCAGACCUAUGGUGUCCUCAAAGAAUUGAUGACUCAUCACGUCCACACUUAUGGCCUGAUAAUGGGAGGCAGUAAUAGAUCUGCCGAGGCACAGAAACUUGCAAAUGGCAUUAACAUCAUUGUGGCAACUCCAGGCAGGCUUCUGGACCAUAUGCAGGUAGGAAGAGGAGUGCGUAGCUCAGGGCUUAUUUUGUGUGCCUUGUGAUAGCUGGUGACACUGUUUAAAUGCCUUGCAGAAUACUCCAGGGUUUAUGUUCAAGAACCUGCAGUGCCUGGUGAUCGAUGAGGCAGAUAGAAUCUUAGAAGUGGGAUUUGAGGAAGAAAUGAAACAGAUCAUUAAGCUCCUACCAAGUAAGCCAAACAUUCAAAUUGUCCUCAUUCUUUCUUUCUUGAGAUGGCAGGGAGAGCGGCGGUCUCAAAACACUUUAUUUUUAUUUUUUGCAGUUCUUGCUCACUUCUUCGGUGUCUUUUGCGUUUUCAUUUUAAGCACUGUGCAGAAUUUUAAAUGGAUGUGCCUUCCUUACAGCGGGCUAAAUAGUAACAUUUGUAGAGUAAUCCCAUGCAUAUUUACUUAGAAAUUACUUCCAUUCUAUUCAGUAGAUCUUACUCCCAAGUAGGCACGUUAAGGAUUGCAGCCCAUCUGCAUUAGCACUUGCUAAUAAAUAAAUAAUGUUUUUGGUGUGCUUCUACUUCAAAACUGGACUGCUAUGAAACUAUUUGGCUCUUAGUUGAAAAAAACCUGUGACCGGCUAAUUUUAGAAAUAUCCAGAUUAUACAAGGAGCAAGUGUGUUUCUCAUAGCAUUAGUGUGUUUUAUUUCAUUCAAGGUCUGUUGCUCUAAUCCAUUCAGUUGAAGUUGCUCCCUAUUUUUUCCCUUCCCAGAGCGUAGGCAAACCAUGCUGUUCUCUGCUACACAAACACGUAAAGUUGAAGACCUGGCCAAGAUUUCUUUAAAAAAGGAGCCAUUGUAUGUUGGGGUUGAUGACAAUAAAGAGACAGCAACUGUAGAUGGGCUUGAACAGGUAACUCUCAAGCGAUGGUGGUGGUGGUGGUGGUGGUGGAAGUAGUAGUAGAAAGAUACAUUAGCUUCUUAGCAGAGUUUGUUUCAUUUUUACUGCUGUCCUGGACGCUCAUUUAUAUACUUUUAUCAGAAUUCCCUUUCUCCAGGUGCCCUUUGUUUUUCAUAUUGUCCUGGUUCUCAUGUAACUCUUAAGUUAUGGUUUAAUUCAAUUGUCCUAACCUGGUUCAGUGUCUUAACCAGGAUUUAUUCUCAAUGACUAAACCACACUUUUAAACCAUGGCUUGUUGUUGAUUCAUAAGCUUUUAUUGUUGGCCACCUAUAGUUCCACAGAUAUGCAUCUAGCACAGGCAUAGUCAAACUGGGCCCUCCAGAUGUUUUGGGACUACAACUCCCAUCAUCCCUAGCUAACAGGACCGGUAGUCAGGGAUGAUGGGAAUUGUAGUCCCAAAACAUCUGGAGGGCCAAGUUUGCCUAUACCUGAUCUAGCAUCUUCAUUGUAUAGCUUUCACCAUAUGCUGAAGCUGUAACUUCACUCUGGACUUUGGACAGUUAAUACCUGUUGUUUUGUGGGACCCAGCACUUGCUGAAUUUGUAUUGUUCUGCUCUGGUUAUAAUGUUUUGCUUGUGUUUUUUUAAUUUUACUGUAGCAUAUAUAAUUGUAUAUUAUAUUGCUGUAGCCUGCCCUAGGAUCUUAAUAAAUAAGUGCUACAUGCAAACCCAGACAUUGAGAUCUGCAUCCAAGUUCAGCCAGUGUACAUAAUGUUUCUAAUUUUGGCUUACAGCUGAUCACUUUUUUCAAAUAUUCAUGUAUCUUCCAUAACAAACCUGAUUCCUAUGCAGUGGCAUAAUUACAGCUAAGUGCAGCUUUCAAAUAGUGUGGACGCCAUGCUGCUGGCUGAAGAUAUUAAUUGUCUACUAUCUCACUUGGAAUGGUUUUAUACCAGAUUUAGAUUGGGCUUAGGUUUAUUAAAUUUGUAUAUUGCUUCCUACUAAAGUCUCAAAACAAUUUGCAAUUAGGAUAAAGAAGAUAAAAACACAGUCACAUUAAAGGCAGAUGCUGCCCAAGCGAUGGCGGGGAGCGGGAACCAUCUUUGCCUAGCACCAAAAGGAUAACAGAGUUGGCAGUGACUAGCCUUAAAAAGUCAUUCCUACAAAAACUGCAGGAAUAGUUGAACAUUAUUUGGGGUAAACUUUAAUUGUACUCAUGCAGAUUCUCUUUAUAGUCCUUUUUUGUAAGGAAAAUAGAACUUAAGGGGCUUAAAAGUAAAACCCACAUUUCACUGAAAUCUUUAUUCAGGUGGCCUGACAUUUUCUAAGGCCAUCAUUUUUGAACAUGUUCACUGGAAAAUCCCACUGAAUUUAGUUGGAUUGCUGGCAAAUGUGCAUAGGAUGGAACUUUAAGAAAACGUAACUGUUUUCUAUGAUGGGAUGUCUUUCUUCCUGCAGCCCCCAGUCUUCUACAGAGGGUCAUCCAACCCUCCGGAGCAGAUUUUGCCAUCACAGCGGGCGGGGGGGGGGCUGCAGAAGGAAGGGGAAUCCAUUCUGCCAGUGGUGCCUUUUCUACUGGCAGAUGAAUAGCAUUGGAAUCGGGUUUGUUUGUUUCUAAAACCCCUUUUUGAUCCCUUUCCUUUAGUCGAUGGGAGUCAACCACACACCUUCACUUCUGAUCAAAUUUUUUCAAGAGUAAGAGAUUAGGAAAUGGGUUAUCAGAACACAAUUCUUUAGGUGCAUUUUGGUACAGUGUGCUUCCAUUUGGAAGUUGCUAGAAAUAGUACUAUAGAAGGCUAUAUGUACAUAAAACCAUUUUCCCAAUCAUUUUUAGGGUUACGUAGUGUGCCCUUCAGAAAAGAGGUUCCUCCUACUUUUCACUUUCCUCAAGAAGAAUCGGAAGAAAAAGCUGAUGGUGUUCUUCUCUUCAUGUAUGUCUGUGAAGUAUCAUUAUGAACUUCUUAAUUACAUUGAUCUCCCAGUCCUGGCCAUUCACGUAAGUAUAUGUUUUGGAAAUGACAAUCUACUUUGAAACUGGCAAUGUUUAUCCAUGACUGUUUUGAUCACUCAAGAUUUAUUUUGGGUUAAUAUACAUAAAGCUGAUAAUCUGAUAAACCAGAAUCUAGCAGUAAUCCAUCACUUGUGAGUUAUUGCGUGCUCCCUUUUCACUGGCUGCGUUCAGAGGUAAUGCUAAGCUUUGAAGUAUUAUUUGUUUAACUAUCCAUGAGAUGCGUGCUGAUAUAUGCUGCUUGAGUACUCCCACAAUCUAUUGCCAAGGUUUGUUCUUGGCUUCCCUGCUCAUUCAUGGUUUCUUUGAGAGAAACAAACCGAAAGGGCUGGUUUAAGCAAUGCUAAGCCAGCUGCUCCAUAGUUUGUUUUUCUGCUCAACUAAAGGAUGGUGCUGGUGUUCAGUUAAAUGAACCAUGUUUUAAGCAAACCAAUAGCUUAGCGGUCAUUAUGAUGUGAUGGAUGUUAUAAGCCAGCCGUUCUCAACUUGUGGGUCCCCAGAUGUUGUUGAACUACAACUCCUAUCACCCCUAGGUAGCAAGGCCAGAGCUCAGGGAUGAUGGGAGUUGUAGUCCAACAACAUCUGGGGAUCCACAGGUUGAGGCAUUUUGACUGUUCAACCAGUACAUUUACAAAAAUUUUGGCCAGCUAAGUGCCAUCUUUAACUGACAGCUGAUCUCAGACUUAUGGGACUUCCAGCACACACUGUGAAUAAUUUCAAUAGCCCCUCUUUUUAGCAAGAAAUUUACCCUGCUCUAUGCUAUCAUGAGACCCCUUUUGCAUCUACAGCUGGGUGUUUUGAGCCGACUUGCAAGCUUGAAUAAUGCAUGUAGCUUUGAAGUUACUGUAAAUUGCAGGUGGCCUUUUAUGAAGCCUGAGAGUGCAUAACAAGAAUGUCAGCAUCUCAGCAAGAUUUCUGCAAUGGAGUCAUAAAUUAACCUUUAAAUGUCAUCAGCUGAACCUUUCUCUUAAACCUGCCUUUAAAAUGCUUAUGUGAAGAACUCGGUUUUGUCAGCAAGGUUGAAGUUGUUUGUUAGAAUGUUGUUAGCUGACAGUUAAGCAUUUUAAGUGUGUCUGCAUUAAUGUAGUAAAGUGAUCCCCCCCCCAGUGCCCAUACUGUGGAAGAAGUAAAGCACCCUUUGUUUCUUCUUAAAUUAACACAAAAACGACUAUUCAGGUAGAAUUUACUAAAUUAACUGCAAUACUGUGCACUUUUUAGAAAGCAAAAAAAAAAAGUUUUUCAUUCUCUCCCAUAAACGGACUUUUUUCUGUUUUGUUUUGUUUAUGUUUUUGUUUAUGUUUAUGUUUACAACUGAUGCAGUUCAUAUUCUGCCAGUUUACCUAACCUGGAAGGCCCUGAGUAUUUCCAGUGAAAUGUGUCAUUGCAACAAAGAACUUCAGGGCAGAUUUGUGCAAAGGUUUAACCAUUCAAUGGCAGAGGUUUUUUAUUUGUGGUAGAACCCAUUCCUGUGUAUGGGUUUUACUAUAACCUCUCUGGAAUACAACUCCCAUUAGCACGCCAUGCUGGCUGAGACUAAUGGGAAUUGUAGUCUAAAACAUUUGGAGGGCACUAGGUUGAUUAAGGAUGUUUUAUUGUAAGAGCUGCUGCUGGUUUUCUUUACACACCAAAACAGGUUCACCAAAAAAGGUGUAGCAUAGAUUUAUGUGGGGGCAGGGAGAGGAGAAUGCAGACUUAACCAUGCGUUAUUGGACAACGUCUCUAACCAUCUACCUGGAGAUGUUUAUAGUUCAAUACUUUUUGAGUUAUUUUCCCACUGAAGUAGAAAGUGUGAUAUACAACAUAAAUCAGUCUUGAACUGCUACUCUCGAUGGCUAUGCUCUGCCUCCCAUGUUGGAGUGUGUCUCUGAAUGCCAGUUUCUGGGAAUCACAAGUGAGGAAAGUACUGUUGCACUCAGGUCUCUCUCACAGUCUUCCUACUGUAAGGUAAAGGUAAAGGGACCCCUGACCAUUAGGUCCAGUCGUGACCGACUCUGGGGUUGCGGCGCUCAUCUUGCUUUAUUGGCCGAGGGAGCCAGCGUACAGCUUCCAGGUCAUGUGGCCAGCAUGACUAAGCCGCUUCUGACGAACCAGAGCAGCGCACGGAAAUGCCGUUUACCUUCCCGCCGGAGCGGUACCUAUUUAUCUACUUGCACUUAAGGGUGCUUUCGAACUGCUAGGUUGGCAGGAGCUGGGACUGAGCAACGGGAGCUCACCCCGUCGCAGGGAUUCGAACCGCCGACCUUCUGUUCGGCAAGUCCUAGGCUCUGUGGUUUAACCCACAGCACCACCCGUGUCCCUCUUCCUACUGUAGGCUGCUCUUCUUGCAUUUUCUCAUAAAAAGCAGUAAUUGCUGCCUUUUUCCAUGCUGGACAUUUCUUCUGAUUUUAUGUGGUGGCUAAAAGUGUAAACUGACAGCCAGCAAUUCUCUGAUCUAAAUCUUGCCUUAGGCAUGGAUUUGCUGGAGUGUUUUUUUGCAAACUGCAGAGCCUUGGCAUACUGGCUGCAAUAUGGGGAUAGUAAUGCAGGCUUUUCUUUACAGGAUUCUUGUAAGAAUUAAAAAGCACUAUUUCGCCGUGCAUAAUAUAUCACAGGUUAUUUCCCACACAGUGGUGGUUCUGACAUUUGUUCACACCUAGUUAUGGCUUUGUAAUGGAUUUGGGGUUUGUUUGGCAGUAUAAUUUUUGACAUAAUUCUGAUAUAUUUGUAGCCAGGUUGCUAUUCAUGCAGUGUGAUGCAUGUACAUUAUAGGGAUGUGUUGGCUUUCAGGCUCUCUCUGGAGAAUCCCAUAGUUGCUUAUGAACCUCAUCAUGAACACCUCACUUUCUUCUAGGGCAAGCAGAAGCAAACGAAGCGCACAACGACAUUUUUCCAGUUCUGCAAUGCAGAUUCUGGAAUACUCUUGUGCACAGAUGUAGCUGCUCGAGGACUGGACAUUCCGGAGGUUGACUGGAUUGUUCAGUAUGACCCGCCAGAUGAUCCAAAGGUAGUACAAUUUCCUGAAAGAUGUAUGUUUUCAGAGGCGCUGUGGAUUUAACCCACCUAAGAAAUUCCCCCGUGUUCCUGAAACUAAAUGAGACCGCAAAUCUUAAUAUAUUUAUUUAUGCAUAUUUAUAACAUGCACUUAUAAUAUAGCAAGGUGGCAUACGGCGUAUAAGAAUAAAAAUAGAGCAUCAAUAAAAUCCCUGCUAAGCUUGACUUCACAAUUUAACAUUUAAAUUUUAUCCAUUACAUUUCCUGCAAGGAGCGCAAGGUGGCAUGCAUACGUUUCUGUCCCAUACAGUGAUUAUACCCAAUUUCAUUUUGCUUCUGCAGGGUUUCUGUAUCCUGUACGUUCAGACUGUUUUCUGAGACCCUUCAGAAUGUUUUUUUUUCUUUUUUUCUCCUUUUUGGGGGAAAUUAUUUGCACAAGAUUGCUCUUCUAAGGAAACUUUAAAAAAAAUAUAUAAAGGAACUGGAAAAUCUGGUAUAUAGUGAGCAGAGAGCACCAUUCUGCAUAUGGCAGAGCUCCUCACUCCUCUGUGUCUACUCAGCUGUUCUUUUCCUUCCCUCCAUCGUCAAAUCCCUCUGCUGAACCAAAGAUCUGCUUACGUAGCGAAAGUCACAAUGCUAGUACCAAUAGUUAUUGGCAUGUGGGGUGGCUUGCAUCAGCGCAGAAACAGCAGCAUCCCAGGAAGAGAGAGGCCAGACUUUCACGCUGCCUUUCAGUUAAAUUGCUUGUUGCUGCAUGAUCAGUUUGCUGAAACAUGCAUGUAGCUUUCAGGAUUGGAGUAGGAUCCAUGCUGCAGGUGUUUGCCUUCCGGUAUGUGGAGACCAGUAACGGGGAUGACCAGGGUGGGAGCAGAUCUAGCUAGCAUGUUCCUGUCCUCACACGGGCAAUUCUAUAAUGGUGGGCAUGGAAUGCCUGAAUAAGGCAAGAGUAUUGGAAUCAUAGCUGGCUCCAGCGAUGUUCAAGAGCAAGUUAGAGUGGCAUUUAGGUGAGACAUUGGGAGCCCAGAAGGAAAGAGCUGGUUAAUGUGCUGCUGGCUGCCUGAGCAUGCAAAUGGUGACAGUAAUGAGGAGCAGCAAGAAAUAAAGAUCAUGGGCUGUGGUGGGUCCAGGGUGUUGGGACCUUAGCAGCAGCCAGAAGAUGCUAACUUGCAGCUGCGUCGGCUCCAACCAAGAAGAGUCAAGCUUCCAAACUCCCCCCCCCAAAAAAAACCCCACAAUGCUUUAUUUUUCCCAUUGUGUAUACUUUUCCAAAGCCUCCGUGCUUUUCCUCUUUUUUUUACUAAUUUGUUUUGUCAAAGCUAAGUCCAUAACUGAAGUAAAUAAGAAUUUCAUUUGGGGAAUAGGAGACUUUUAUGUAAGUUUGGUUGCGGAUCUGUUUAUGUAUGAGCGCCAUUUGCUGUGCCUCUGUUUACUGUAAAAAAAAAUGUUAGUUACUCUCGCAUUGUUUCUUUUUAAAAAGGAAUACAUUCACCGUGUUGGUAGGACUGCCCGGGGUAUAAAUGGAAGAGGACAUGCUCUGCUGAUUUUACGUCCGGAAGAACUGGGUUUCUUGCGUUACCUAAAGCAAGCCAGGGUAAGUCAGUGUGGAGCACUGCAGCUAAGCUUUAAUGAUUAAUCAAAUAAUUUCUACCUGCCUUAAUUGCCUAAAGAGUGUUUAACUAAAUAACCUUAGUAGAAUUGCAGAGCGGCUUCUGUAAUGAAACUGCAUAAUUUAGAAGAAGCUUUCCAUCAUAUGCAUGUGGAGUUUAAGGGAGUAGAGAAAAUUUAACACAAGCUAUGGAUGCACUGCUUUGAUAUCCUGGUUCUUGGUCCCAUCGCAUAUCCAGCAGUAUCAGAGCAAACAGAAUCAGCUUCUAAUUCCCACGAUGCCAAGGAUGGUCAUAAGUUGUCAAUAAAAUUGUUUGUUUUGUAUGUUUUGCAUAGAAUGGUGAGGGCUUUGAUGGAGGCAAUACCACCAUGAAGAUGUCAGGGCAGUGCUUCUGCAUAUAUUGGUGGUAGCCCACAGGGGGUUCAUAUAAGCUUGUUUUCCCACCAUAAAAUGACUCACGAACACAUCUUUUGCAGGAAUUAUGCAAAUACAGAAACUUCCAUGACGCAUUUGCACAGGAAUGCAUCAGCGUAAUUGUCCCCUGUUGGGUAUAGAAAUGUGAAAUGUCUUUGGUUAUGAGGGUGUUUCAGAAUGCGAUUACAAAACAGCUGCUCAUGCUGUGUAUGAACUUCCAUUCCUCUUUGAAACAUUUUUGUGUUGAAAUCGCUCUCUGGAUUUCUGUCAUCACCAAAAAAAACCCUGCUUUAUUUACACUAAUAUAGCAAGUGCAGAAGAAUGGGAUUUGGGGUGAGCCUCCAUAUGUUCUAAUCUAGACAGCUGCUAUUUGUUUUUAGUGACAGUUCUCUGAACUGAUGUUUGAGCAGCACCUGCCUUUUCAGUAUCUUCUGCAUAUAAUGUAACAGUUUUCUUAAUUAUUCUUUUAGGUACCAUUAAAUGAAUUUGAAUUUUCUUGGUCCAAAAUUUCUGACAUCCAAUCUCAGGUAAAAUAAAAAUAAAAGCGUUUCUGCCACUUGCAUUCUUAAGCUUGCUUCACCUAUUUCUUUGGAAAAAUUUGUACCCCACAUAUCUAGGUAACUAAAAAUAAAUACAAAAAGCAAUCUAAUGAAUAAAUCAUAAUAGAAGAACACACAGUGCACAAAUUUGAAGCUAUUGUGAGGUGUGAGUGAAACUAAAUCUGGAUGAAUUUUAAUCCUGCUACAUUUAAAGUAACCGUAGCAACCUACUUAUAAAACGAACAUAGCACAGUGUGUGUCUUACGUUUGUUGAGGCACCUGAGUGGUACCCUUAUGGUCUUUCUUAUUAGUGUUUAUUUGUAGCCUUUCAGAAUAUUUAUACAUCCUCAUGGAAGGAUUUCUAAUAGAAAAGAGAGUAAAAUAAUAACAGUUCCCACAGGGCAGUUGACAGUAUAUGGCCUGAGGGACUCAGGGCAGGCAGAGGAAUGGGCCAUAGCUGGAACAGACCCUGAUGUCGUUUUGCACUUCCUCCCACAAGAAUUUCACUACGAAGGAUAAAAUGACAGCAUGUGAGUGUAAACUGAGUUGACUGCAAGGCGUUAAUAUCAGAGAGGUUGACAUUGGGGCGUGAUUUUAGAAGCCUUUCCUCUAUGGCAUUAUAUAUUUUUUAAAAACCUGGAAGUGGAAACAUGCUGUGUAUAGGUAAGAUGGAGACCAGGAUAUAUUUUUUUCAGAGACCUGGUAAAAAGUCCCACUGUAGAAUGUGGAGUUUUCACACUUCGUUCUAUGAAGGAAAUUUAUACCUAAUUUUCAAAUUCUAUAGCCACAUAUUUUUGUAAAAUAAAAAAUAAAAAAUGAAAAAAACAGUAUUUCUUGAUAAUGAGCUUGCAUUGUUAACUUUGAAAACUACAAUUUGAUAAAUGUGUGUACUAUUCCAACUGUAUUGCUCUAUUCUUCCAAAUGAUAAAUGUCAAUGUCAGUUACCUGCAAAAUGUUCCAUUUCCUCAUUUAUUAGAUGACUGUAUAAUUGAACGUUCCUUCUGCCUUUGUAAUUUUCAGCUGGAAAAAUUGAUCGAGAAGAACUACUUUCUUCACAAAUCUGCCCAAGAAGCUUACAAAGCCUAUAUAAGAGCUUAUGAUUCCCAUUCUCUGAAACAGAUCUACAACGUCAAUAACUUGGAUCUGCUCAAGGUUGCACUCUCUUUUGGCUUCAAGGUCCCACCAUUUGUGGACCUUAGUAUCCUUUUAUUGCAAAGUAUUUCUUCCCCUUUCUAUGAUUCAGAUGUGUUGGGGUCAACUGUUCACUUGUCAGUAAACCAGUUUGUGGGCUGGUAGUAGAUCUGGUUCAAUGGCAGUUUCGGAAAUUCAGAACUGCAGGUGUAGAUUUUAAACAUGACAUAUUCAUGUGUAAAAGAAGGUGGAGGGCAUGAGCUUUCAGCGUGUAGCGAUAGCACUACUCUUAAGGAGGGCCUGCCAGGGCAAAUGAUUAUGGUCUGUGUCAGGGAACUGCCAUCGGAAGGAAGGGAGGUGAAAGGGCUCACACAGGUUGGGAGAGACUCAGCAGCUGAAGAGGGAACCAGUAGGGGGAGAGGAGCUGAGCUGAGGGAAAGUGAGCUGGAGGGAUGGCUCAGAGACACUUCCAGCGAAAACAGUGGGGAGGUUUCAGGACCUCCUGUAGGAACACCCACUCCUCGCCGGAAACUGUCACGCAGAGAGUCCAGAAGACGUGUUUCCGUUAAGGAGCUUUUAUGUUGGAAGCGAUUCCGAAAGCAACCACUGUCGGAAUCUGCUAGUGACUAGAGGAGCCAUGUCUGAGGGGCUCCGUCACAGACAGAGGUUUGUGGACUUGAACAAACUCUGAGGGGAUACUAUUUUACGCACAAGCAGCUCAUCAUCCCAUCACAGUCUGCUUUUGUUGUUUCAUUCCAUCUUCUUUGCAUCCUAAAAUGCCCAUUGACUUUGUGUUUACAUGGACCAGUUAUUCUAUCCUUUGGAACACGACUGCUUCAGUCACAAGCUUGACAUAAUAAUGGUAUCUAAUAGAGGGCUAACUUUGCUCUCCGUAGAAAAACUUAAUUGGAAAACUCUGAGUGAUGGCAGUCACUAGAUAAAUUUCUACAGGUGUUUUCUUCUCCCUUGCCACACUUGCAACCUAGUUUUGAAAAUGUACUGCUAAUGCUAUGAUUCCACACACCCCCAAAAAAGAGGCCUUGGUGCCAUCCUUAGAAUUUUAAUAGCUUAAGCUAAUUACAUAUUUAUGAACUUGCAUUCCUUGACACCAUUUUCUCAGAUGUAAACAGCAGCCACGGGAAGAGAUUGCAAAAAAGAGGUGGCGGUGGAGGGUUUGGCUAUCAGAAAUCAAAGAACGUCCAGAAAUCCAAAAUCUUCAAGCACAUUAACAAGAAACAAUCAGAUAGCAGGCAGUUUUCCCGCUGAGAUGCUUGUUCCGUGUUCACAGAACUGGCUUUUGAUCCUUCACUUAAUUACUCUGUUCUCUGCAAAGCAAGGUGCAUUCAGUAUAGAAUUUGGUAUAGACUUUGAAGCACACACUUUUAGGACACAGUCCAGUCCUCUGUGAUCAUUGUACCUAUGCAUGGAAGAUUCCUUUUAGCUUUUCCCACUUCUUCCAGCCUAUGCUCACAUGAAUUGGCUGCAGUUCUCUUACCCGGGAAAAUAGAAUGCCUCUUCCUGUGUCCCCUAAUUCCCUCUGCAGUGCAGGAUAUUAGUAUUCUUGAUAUACGUCUUGGCUGACCCUUUGCGGGUCCUCCGGGAGCUAACACUGUGGCUACAAUGGAUUGGAGCUCAAGUCUCUAUCCACUGAUACUAUGUGGCACUUUUAAAAGGGUGCUCUAUUUUCUUCCAUGGACUCCCAAGUGAUUUGGCAUCUCUCAGAAUUUUUAGGCUGUAUGUACACAGAUUUUGCAAGAGGUGAUUAAUACAAUUCUUUUUUAUGUACUCUUUAAGUUUUUGUACUCAGAGACUCUUCCUUGUGUUUUCUUACAAAGUAAACGUAGGUUGUCUGCCUGCUAUGCCACAUGGCUGUUCAGAAGCUCUUUAGAGGUUUGACAGCCCACUGGGGCCAUGCUUAGAAAUUGUAGGUGAUUAUUCCCCCCACCCCACCCGGUCCCAAGUGGCAAUUCCUUUUUCCUCCAAAGCUUCAAAAGCCUUUUUGUAACUUUUGGAAGUAUAAAGGAUGUUUGAAGAAGAGAGAACCUUUAUCCGAGACGUAUAUAAAGUGGUAUCUUACCUUGAAUUGAAAGCUUUGAAGAAGUUCAGGGGUAUUGCACUCUGUAUGAAUUUUUGAAUUGAGUUUAAAUGGUUAGAAUUCAAAAGGUCAACCAAAAUUAUAUAUCACCGUGUCACACGAAUAAAUGCCUUUAGAGUUCUGGGCACAUAGCACACUUCUCAGGCUAUUGGUUCUGCCACCAAAGCGGAUUCUUUCCUUUUUGUCCCUUUUGGAAUAGGCUUCGGGCCCUGCAGCCGGGUUCCAUUAGGGCAUCCAGCUUGUGCAUUUUAACUGCAUGAACGGCCUUUUUCACAUGGCAGCAGGAGAACAACAUCAGAAGCAGCGAGGUACUUGUGAAUCCAAGUGGUUGUGUUUGCAGUAACACUGAAAGCCAGGUUUCCUACUGAUGAGUUGCUUAUAUAGUAAUAUAUGUUGUGUUGGAACAAGCAAAUGGCAGUUGCCCUAACCACACUCUCACAACUGGAAUGUCAGUUUUGAAGGCUCGCCCAAAUGCUCCGGAGGGUUGUGGGAACCCGUGAUCUGGAGUUGGGGUAACAUUCCAUUCUGCAAGGAGAAAUCCCUGGACUGCGAGGACAUUUGCUGUAGAGCUAUGUUGAAUUCCACCCUUGGGAUGGAAUUCAACAAAGCGCUAAGUGGAGGAACAAGGUCUGGCCAUGCAAGAAGACUUCCACCUUCUCUUCCCCCCUGUGCCCUCGAACCUAUUCUGGUGGCUCCCCCAACCCAGAUUUAAGUUGGGGUGGGGGGGAGAAUCCUGCUGAGUAAGCGAACCUCGAUCCAGUCACACAACUUAGUUGACACCUGCC